AUGGAGAGAGACGCCUCGGAACCACCGGACCCGGUCCCGUCCCACCGGCGGGCCGGGCCGGAGGGCUCGCUGUACGGGGAGUUCACCGACCCGCUGAACGACCGGCUCCGGUACUCGGUGAGCCUGACGGAGAGAGCCCUCACCAUCCAGCGGAUCUCCUCCUCUCCCACCCGGACCAAGGUGGUGUUUAACCUGGCGGACUGCACCGGGUGCCGGGCGCACCGAGGGCCGGACCCCGCGGACGUCGGAGCCUACUUCACCGCCUGGUUCUACCCGUUCAAGCGGCGCUGGAUGAGCUCCGGAUCGGCCCGGCAGAGGACGGAGCAGUGCCUGCGGGUCGCGAUGCUCCAGGACCCGGUCUCCAACCUCCAGGAGGCGGAGAGGUGGGCCGGUGCCAUCCGGGAUGCGGCCGGGCUGCAGGCGCCCCGCAGAGACGGUGUGACGUACACGGAGGUGCGGCGGCCAGGCAGGGUCAUGGUCCUGGUGAACCCUCACUGCGGGCGCGGCCAGGCUCUGCAGCUCUUCACCGGCCAAGUGGAGGGGAUGCUCACCGAGGCCGCUGUGCCCUACACACUCAUCAUCACAGAGCACCAGAACCAUGCUCGGGAGCUGGUGAGGAAGGCGGACCUGUCCCAGUGGGACGCCCUGGUUAUCAUGUCCGGAGAUGGACUGCUGUUUGAGGUGAUAAAUGGUCUGAUGGAACGAGAAGACUGGCAAGAGGCCAUCCGGACCCCUCUGGGGAUUCUACCAGGUGGCUCAGGCAACGCCCUGGCGGCCUCCGUCCACCACUACUCACAGUCGCCUCCAGCAUGGAACGAAGAGCUCCUGCUGAGCUGUGGCUUCAUGUUGUGCAAAGGUCUGGUCGGCUCCUUGGACCUGGUGUCGAUCCACUUGGCCUCUCGCCAGCGCCUCUUCUCCUUCCUCUCCCUGGCCUGGGGCUUCGUGGCAGAUGUUGACAUCGAGAGCGAGAAGUACCGGCACGUGGGCGCCAUCCGCUUCCUGAUGGGCACGCUGGUGCGCCUGGCCUCCCUCAGGGUCUAUCAGGGCAAGUUGGCGUACCUGCCUGUCAAGGAGGCGCCAGCGAUUCCAAAAGGGAGCAUAAAGGCGAACCAGCCUCCCUCCACACCUCAGCACCCCUCGCUCUGCUCCUCCCUUCCCUGUCGGCUCAUCCCCAACUCCUCUCCCAAUCUGAACGCUCAUCACAACCACAACACCACGAACUGCAACCACAACACCAUCUCCAACUCCCCCAACAAUGCCAUCACCUCCAAGAGAACUGAGAUCAAGAGUGAUGGCAAGACCGUGGUGCUGGUGGACUCUCUUCUUCCUGGUCUGGAGCAGCCGGUCCCAGAGAGCUGGACGGUGGUCAAGGAGGAGGACUUUGUCUUGGUACUGGCUAUUUACCAGUCCCACCUGGCUGAGGACCUGUGGACAGCCCCUGGCGCCAUGGCAGAUGACGGGCUGAUUCAUCUGUUCUACGUGACAGCAGGGAUCUCACGUCCCGCCCUGCUGCGCCUUUUCCUCGCCAUGGAGAAGGGCGCCCACUUGGCGUGCGGCUGCCCCCACCUGGUGUAUGAGAAGGUGAAGGCGCUGCGGCUGGAGCCCAUCACUCCGCAGGGCGUGAUCACUGUGGACGGAGAGAUGGUGGAGUACGGGCCCGUUCAGGCUCAAAUCCACCCGGGACUGGCCAGACUCAUAUGUGGAUGA